CUAACCCGUUGCCUCCGCUGCCCGGCUGCUUACCAUCCAGGCCAAUGGUGUCUACCUGCCGGCUGCCAAGAAGUGGCGCCUAACUGGAUUGUGUGUCCCAGACACGCCAAAGACACCACUACUGGACUCAGCAUAUUUUGGCGUAAUUUCCCUUUUCCCGAAGUAGCAGCACCAUGCAAAAAACAAUAUGCUGUGGAGGAUACGAUCAAGACCACGAUUGAUUCAAGUAACCAUCCGGAGGCUGAUGAAUUUAAACUUCAUACUAGCGGUGUUAGUACCAUGCCAGCCACGGAUACUAUGGCUUUUGAUACUACUCAACUAGAAAUUCCGUGCUCAAGCCUUAGUUUGAGUCCCGUUUCUCCGAGCAGACGGGCUCAGGUGACUAAGCUUGCCGGGCUACUAUCCUCCAGUGCUGGCGUCUAUCCACCUCGUCUACGUGCCAUGUUACGGCCAACCAAUGUCUCAUGGUGUUUCAUCUGCUCCAAGGGAGGCCGCAUCGUCUGCUGCGAGUCUUGUCCGGCCUCGUUUCAUGAAGAAUGUCUCAACGUGGGCAAAGUGGUCUAUGUUGAAAGAAAACUCAAGAAGAUUGAGAUAUCUGAUGUUUGUUUGAUUCCAGUGCCAGACAAAUUCAUAUGUGAAGACUGUACAAACGGUCGUAUGCCCCGCUAUGGUGAGAUCUUUUGGGUUCGUCUACCGCCGCCGCUUAACCAACAGGCAGCCGCUAUUCCCAGUUCUGGAAACCCAGCCCAAGCAAGUGACUCUCUGGUCGAAUUUUCGCCUAAUUGUCUACGGCCUCCGGAUUUUGCUAGCCUCGUAGGUGGUAUGCCAUGGUGGCCAGCAGAGGUUGUGGCGCCCACAAGACUGCCAUUUUCAGAAUCUGAAGACGAGGAAAAUUUGGAAAAUGAGGCAGAGGCUGAGGCUGACUUCGGCAGGAUUGCCAAUCGGCCCAGAGAGCUUGCAAAGAGACCUGAAAGGGAGAAGUUUGGAAGACAAGCGACGGACGCUGGGGACAAAUGUGUGGAGCUUGCUAAAGCCUCGCCAAAUCUCAGGUUCUCGCGUGCCCGGGCCAGCCUUCUUAGCCAAAUGGCUAACAAACCUGGUCUGCUCGGAUUCUUUCCAGUCCGUCUGUUUGGUCUUACCUGCACUUCAUCGCAAGAACCAAACACACUCUUGUCUGAAAAUGGCGUUCAGAAAAGUAAACAAAAAGCCCGUUCAGGCAGGCCACAGCCCUGUGGUCGGAAGUCAAGGCAGCCAAAAAAUGUCUGCACUUUUAAUUCCGAGAAUGAAUUAGGAGAUGAGGUCGGUGAAGGAGGAGGUGAUAGUGAUGAAGAGAAGUCAACACAUCACGUCUGGCCGGUGUACCUCUGGACAUCUCGAGCUCGUGUCUUUCCGUACGAAGAGGGUGACGAUAAACGGGAUGACCAGCACUCUUCAAGCAGUAACAAUACUAGCGGUGAUAGCGACACCGGCCUUGGGCAGCAAGAAUCUGACGCACUUAACCUUUUCGUCGGAAUCGAAGGAGAUUACCUCGGAAACAGCGUCAGCAUGACUCUUUCAGUAAAGCUAAUCGACAGCUGGUCAAGAGGAAUCCGCCGUCGUAUUCUGGUGGAACUGACCUUCGAAUCUCUUCACCUAACACUUUCAUUCGAAGUAGAAGUCAUCUCUUCCUAG